UCUCUCUCUCUCUCUCUCUUAAGGAACAAGGAAAGAAAAAGAGACAAAAAUGGAGGAAAUGGGUUCUAUAUGGUUUUACCAAGAGAGCAUCGAUGAAAUGAGACAAAAGCUUCAGUACACUUCGUUUGAACUAGAGGCUCUGAAAGCGAAAGCUGACGACGAGACAAGACUUCACAACGAAGAAGUGAAGAACCUUCUUCAUCUCCUCAAGCUCGCCUGCCAGGAGAGAGACGAGGCGAAGGAUCAGUUGCAGAGGAUCUUCAAGAAACAGAGCAUGUCCAGUCAAGACACGAUCAAACACAACGCUGUCCUUGUCAUGCCUCAGAACCCCAAGGCGAACUCGAGCAUCACCGAGUCGAACAGCCUCUCGCACGGUUCUUCACCCGUCGACUCGUUCUUCGAACCGGUCACUUCCCCUGAGUUCUCCAACUUCAACAACGCAACCGACCCGGCUCACGGUUUCGGAUUCGGGAACCGACCCGCUAACCGGAACUGCAAUUCUCAGAGACCCUUUUCCUAUGUUCCUCCCUCGACGGUUAAGAUCGAUCCGGUCGAUGCUCUGAUCGAUGAGAUGGUGAAAGGGAAGGAUCUGCCGGUGAAGGGGAAGCUUCUGCAGACUGUGAUGCAAUCAGGACCGUUGCUUCAGACUCUGAUGGUGGCGGGCCCUCUUCCACGGUGGCGAAACCCUCCGCCACUGCAGCAGACAUUCAGAGUUCCUCCGAUCUCGAACUCGUACGAGGUUUCAAGAGGGUGUUCCAGUUCGCAAAUGUGUUUGAAGUCGUUGUCGAUGCUCAACUUCAGAGGCUACUCUGUUUCAGGCCUCGCCCCUGAAAUCCAGGUUGCCAAGCGGCAGAGAUUUCAUUAGCGGUGAUCUUGUAAAGAUUAAUUUAAAAAGGUUUCUUGGUUAGGAGCGGUCUAUAUUGGACUAUAACGUUUUCGGUUUUGGAUUGAGAUAUUCAUUUUUCGAUCUUUAUGAUACAUAUAUAAAUGA